GGCCUGAGCGGGGCGGGCGGAGGAGGGAGCGGCGGCAGCGGCGGCAGCGGCGGCGGCAUUGUGCGCGCACCAGCAGCCCGGCCCGGGAGGAGCAGGACGCGCCGGGGCCGCCUCCUCCCGCACGGACCCAUGAACCAGCCGGGCGGCGCGGCGGCUCCGCAGGCUGACGGAGCCAGUGCGGCUGGAAGGAAAAGCACGGCGAGCAGGGAGCGCUUGAAGCGCAGCCAGAAGAGCACCAAGGUGGAGGGGCCAGAGCCCGUGCCGGCCGAGGGCUCGCUGAGUGCGGAGCAGGGAACGAUGACGGAGGUGAAGGUGAAGACAGAGGUGCCCGAUGACUACAUCCAGGAGGUGAUCUGGCAGGGCGAGGCCAAGGAGGAGAAGAAGGCCGUCAGCAAGGAUGGGACGGGCGACGUGCCUGCCGAGAUCUGCGUGGUGAUUGGCGGUGUCCGCAACCAGCAGACCCUCGGGUCCUACGAGUGUGGAAUCUGUGGCAAGAAGUACAAGUAUUACAACUGUUUCCAGACCCACGUACGCGCACACCGAGACACUGAAGCCACCUCAGGGGAGGGAGCCUCCCAAGGCAACAAUUUCAGGUACACGUGUGACAUCUGCGGGAAGAAGUACAAAUACUACAGCUGUUUCCAGGAGCACCGAGACCUGCAUGCAGUGGAUGUGUUCAGUGUGGAAGGGGCCCCUGAGAAUCGGGCAGAUCCCUUUGACCAAGGUGUCGUGGCCACUGAAGAGGUGAAGGAGGAACCCCCGGAACCAUUCCAGAAAAUCGGGCCAAUGAACAAUAUUACAUCAGAAAUUUUUAAGAAGAAAGAAGUUAGGCAGACCCAAAAGAGAGAAACCGGCAAUUACACCUGUGAAUUCUGCGGAAAGCAGUACAAGUACUACACGCCCUACCAGGAGCACGUGGCCUUACACGCCCCCAUCAGUACUGCCCCCGGGUGGGAGCCACCGGACGAUCCAGACACGGGCUCUGAGUGUUCACAUCCGGAGGUCUCCCCGACUCCACGCUUCGUGGCCGCGAAGACCCAGACGAACCAGUCGGGAAAAAAGGCGUCGGCCUCCGUGGUCCGAUGCUCCACCCUCUUACACCGCACCCCUCCAGCCACCCAAACCCAGACGUUCCGCACUCCGAAUUCGGGAUCUCCGGCAAGCAAGGCGACUGCAGCAGAAAGCGCUUUCAGUCGGAGAGUAGAAAGCAAAGCACAAAACCACUUUGAAGAGACGAAUAGCAGUUCCCAAAACUCCAGCGAAACUGCAAGUCCCCUGAUUUCCAAUACUUUCCCUCUCCUACAGAAACCCUACACGUGUGGCGCCUGCGGGAUCCAGUUCCAGUUCUACAACAACCUGCUGGAGCACAUGCAGUCCCACGCAGCGGACAACGAGAACAACAUCGCCUCCAACCAGUCCCGGUCGCCACCUGCUGUCGUGGAGGAGAAGUGGAAACCCCAGGCCCAGAGGAACAGCGCCAACAACACCACGACCACCGGUUUGACAUCCAACAGCAUGAUCCCCGAGAAGGAGCGGCAGAACAUCGCAGAGCGGCUGCUGCGGGUGAUGUGUGCCGACCUGGGUGCGCUGAGCGUGGUAAGCGGGAAGGAGUUCCUGAAACUGGCCCAGACGCUGGUGGAUAGUGGUGCCCGAUAUGGGGCCUUCUCGGUCACUGAGAUCCUGGGCAACUUCAACACGCUGGCGCUGAAGCACCUGCCACGCAUGUACAACCAGGUGAAGGUGAAGGUGACGUGUGCCUUGGGCAGCAACGCCUGCCUGGGCAUUGGUGUCACCUGUCACUCCCAGAGUGUCGGCCCUGACUCCUGCUACAUCCUCACCGCCUACCAGGCCGAGGGCAACCACAUCAAGAGCUAUGUGCUGGGUGUGAAGGGAGCGGACAUUCGAGACAGCGGCGACCUGGUGCACCACUGGGUGCAGAACGUGCUGUCCGAGUUUGUGAUGUCCGAGAUCAGGACAGUGUACGUGACGGACUGCCGGGUGAGUGCGUCCGCCUUCUCCAAGGCUGGCAUGUGCCUCCGCUGCUCAGCCUGUGCCUUGAACUCGGUGGUGCAGAGCGUGCUGAGCAAGCGGACGCUGCAGGCCCGCAGCAUGCACGAGGUCAUCGAGCUGCUCAACGUGUGUGAGGACCUGGCGGGCUCCACGGGCCUUGCAAAGGAGACCUUCGGGUCACUGGAGGAGACCUCGCCACCACCCUGCUGGAACUCGGUCACGGACUCGCUGCUGCUGGUGCACGAGCGCUACGAGCAGAUCUGUGAGUUCUACAGCAGGGCCAAGAAGAUGAACCUCAUCCAGAGCCUCAACAAGCACCUGCUCAGCAACCUGGCGGCCAUCCUGACGCCGGUGAAGCAGGCGGUCAUCGAGCUGAGCAACGAGAGCCAGCCCACCCUGCAGCUGGUGCUGCCCACCUACGUCAGGCUGGAGAAGCUGUUCACGGCCAAGGCCAAUGACGCGGGCACUGUCAGCAAGCUCUGCCACCUCUUCCUGGAAGCCCUCAAGGAGAACUUCAAGGUGCACCCAGCGCAUAAGGUGGCCAUGAUCCUGGACCCACAGCAGAAGCUGCGGCCCGUCCCACCCUAUCAGCAUGAGGAAAUCAUCGGCAAGGUGUGUGAGCUCAUCAACGAGGUUAAGGAGUCCUGGACUGAGGAGGCUGACUUUGAACCCACCGCCAAGAAGCCCCGCUCCGCCACUGGUGAGAACCCCACAGCUCAGGAAGACGAUCGGCUGGGGAAGAACGAGGUGUACGAUUACCUGCAGGAGCCCCUCUUCCAGGCCACCCCUGAUCUCUUCCAGUACUGGUCGUGCGUUACCCAAAAGCACACGAAACUCGCCAAGCUUGCCUUCUGGCUCCUCGCCGUUCCGGCUGUGGGGGCCAGGAGCGGGUGUGUGAAUAUGUGUGAACAGGCCCUUCUAAUCAGAAGGAGGCGACUGCUCAGUCCAGAAGAUAUGAACAAACUCAUGUUUCUGAAAUCCAACAUGCUUUAAGAUGUUAUUUCCGAACAAAAGAAAAAGAGAAGAGAAUGGUAGGGGAAAAAAAAUACACAACACUGUCGCAAACAAAGAAAAGGAAUUUAAGUUCUAAACACUGUGGACCUCAUUAUAAAUGCCCCCUGGAAACUUAAGUGCUUUUUACAGUGUGUGUGUGUGCGUGUGUGUGCACGGGGCUGCACCUGCGCGGGCGUGUCCAAGCGCACGUUCCAUGGGUGUGGGCGUGGGGCUCUUCUGUGUGGCCACAGAAGCUUUGCACACGCACACACACACUACCCUGGUGCAUGCACACACGCCUGCUCAUGGGUGUGUGUGCAUUAAACUGGGCGUGUCAGGAAAGCUGAGUGGGAAAGAGGGAAAACGCUUCACCUCCCUUUCUCAGUGAGGGGCUUUUAAGACUCCGUUUUCAGGUGUGCAGAUUGGUAGAAUGCUGAUGUCGCAAAAUGUUCAGGCAGCUGAGAUCUGAAGUGACUUGAUGCUCUCUGUCCCUCACCCUGUGGUCCCCCUUUUCCCUUCACGCCCCUCCCCCAGCCCCUGCUGCCCCCCCGCCCCGCCCCUCCCCAGCUGCCCUGCUAUGGACUCUCCAAACUGCAUCAGAUGGACAGUUUCUGCACUGGACUUUGUUCUCGUUCACCUUCAGGGCAUUGAGCUGCUGCCUUCCAGACACCUCAGGUGUCCCAGGGCAGCCGCCUUAGAAACACAGCUAUCUCUCUCCCCAGAGCAGGAAAGGAGACUUUAAGAAUAUAAAGCUGACUUUUGGCUUUUUAAUGUAAGAGAAAGAAAAAGACAUAUUUCAGAGAAGUAUUAAUGCUGUCUCCACUCCUUAAUAUUAUCUCCUAACUUUUUAGCAGUUUUUACUUUUUUUUGGUCUGUUUUGUUCUUUCAAAUUUAAUUUAGACUCUCCUAGGAGGCACUGAAUGUCUAUAACUUAUAUGUUGACGUUUUUUUUUAAUUGCCCUUUUUGUUCCUCGAGUCACACUGUAAACUAGCUCAUCUCAGUGGUAUAUUCUCUCUCCUAAGGUUUUUAUUAACCUCUCCUGUACAGUCCAGUUUCCGUGUAUUUGAACAGCAAAGACUGUGAACUUGUCUGUGCUGUUUGGAGACCAGGAGUGGGGUUGGAAUCACAGGUUCCGCGGGUGUGGGGUCCGCUGGAAGCCAUAGGGAAGCACGUGGCUUCGGAGUCCAGUGUGAGAGGAAGCCCCGCCCUCCUGGCUCACUGUGUCUGGUACUGCGAAUGUCUGAUUUCUAUACCCAGAGUGCAUUACACUACUCGCCGCAUCACUGACACUUCCAGCUCCGCAGGGACUCCUGAGUUGGUCCCUGUUCACGUCUGUCACACCUCAGACCCACAGCCUCCCUCCCUCCCCAGGGCCCCAGGUGGUUCCAACGGCUCCAUUGCCCGCAGUCCUGGGGCCUCUGCAGGAGCCUCAGCCCUCCCUCCAGGACGGUAGUUGAGCAUGGUGCCUUGCGGGCCAAAUGAUUGAUGUCUUGAGGGCGGAAUGGCACCCGGGCCACUUGAACUUGAUGCUGUGAAAGAUGUCCUUAGGCUUUUCUCUCCUUGAGCAAUUUAGUUUCCAUACACUCAGUCCCAAUGCUGAGGGCGGCCCCUCCCCUCCCCCCCAGAGGUGGUUCCAUCAGGAUCAGUGAUCACCCCCCACAACCCCACCUCUCUGAAUAAAGUGCUGGUGGUCUCAUGUCCUCCGGUGUCCAUGGCUGUGGCACAGAGAUGGUCACACGGCGGGCUUAAGGCUGAGGAAGACCACCACUGCGGGGGCCGUUCACGAAGGCACAUUUUAUCAUCCCUUCCUAGUAAUAAAGCAUUACUCAACUGCGAGAUACCUCGACUACAAAAAGCACUGUACAACAGUCCUCUGCCCCCGGCCCGUGGGAGGCUGGGAAGCGACGUUGGUGAGAAAACACUGACCCUGGGGGCCCAGCCUGCUCGCUCUGCCUCAUGAGAACUGAUGCUCCGAGUCUUGGACAUGCUGAAGCGAAUUCAUGCAAGUGGGCCGUUUCCGCAUUCUCUCCAGCAAGCCGUGGUCUCAGCGGCCACCCUGCCGCUUCCUCUCCCGGAGAAGCUCUACAUGUUUCCUUUGCAACAGUUCCAGCUGGGGUCGCACCAUCAGAAGAGCCUCCGUUUGCACUGGACAGUCACCUAAUGUCACUUCCCAAAGUGUAUCGGCAGACCUCGGUCAGACCCAUGGGGGGCCUUCCAGAAGGUGGCUGCAGGGGUGCGGGGGAGCGACAGAUGCCUACGGCUAACGGUUCCUCCAGCUCUGCUUUGCUGCUGGCGGCAGGUCGGCGGCUGGGCACUUGAACCACAUGGGGAGGACCCCAGCCGCUCUCCGUGUGGUGGGUGGGACCAGCCUUGGAGCCUGUCCUCUGUCUGCUUAGAGCCAAGCUACGCUGGUGUUGCCCUGCCUGAGGGCCAGUUAGUUAGAAAACCGGCAUUUCAAUUUCUCGUAAAGCCAUCCGAGACCACGUCCAGAUGUGCAUUGUGAAUCUUCUUUGGAACAGGGAGUGUCUGCCCUCCAAGAUGGAGAUUGGAGAAAGUCUCACUUCAGUUCUAGAUCUGAGUCAUGGGCGUCAGCUCCUGUUCUGGUUUUCCAUGCCACCUUCGUUUGUCCCUUAGGACGGGUUUGGCGUCCUAGGACAGGCACGAUCCCACUGGGCACUCUGACAGCUGUCUCCUGGGGCUGCCUCAGCCAAGCGUGGUAACAAGGUGGCAGGUAUCAUUGGUCUCUCACAACCUCUGGUUCCCCAGAAACUCAUGUUGCCAGCAGGAAAGACUGUGCCGCACAGGCAAUUCCCAUAGCGCAGGUCCUGCCCAGCCAACAGCUUAACAACCCAAAGAUCUCCCAGGCCCAGCCUCUGGCUCCCUGAUUUACAGCAAUAUCCACCUUGUUGCAACUCUAGUUCAGCCAAAGGACUGAGGUAGACUCUUCCACUUCAUCUCCAAGCACUCAGCCUGACACGGCCCUACAGAAGGGUUUUGUCUUCUGCGUCCUACUUCUGUGACUGCUGUAGGACUUUCCGCCACAGGCCCUUGGCAGCUGAUGGCCAGAAACCAUUUCUGUCACGUUCUGGGCGGCUCCAGGUGUUGGCCAGCUGACUCGGACACCACUCAUCUCAAGCCAUGUGAUUCCCAGGACAGAACAGCUCUUUGUUCUGUCGUACACGGACCCAAGAGGAGACUGCAGGGGUUUGGUGCCUCAUCUGAGAUCAGUUGGCUUCACCACUCAAGCCCAGGACCAUGCCUCGUGGGUGGUCCCUCAGGCUUGGAGUAGCCCAGGGGUCUCGGCUCCACCAAGAGCAACGGUGCCAUCCUAGGUGUCAUGAGUGGAUGCCCCUGGCCCUGCACCGUUUUCCCCUCCCUGAGCCUAGGUUAGCCAGAGGGGCCACCUGCUACGCUGGCAGCCAGCCCACCUGACAGCCUCCUGCGUGGCACUCAGAGAGUGGCUGUUGGCUGGGGAAAGGGUUUGAUGGCACGUUGGGAAGUUACGGGGCUCCCGAGUUCCAGGAGGAGUAUUUGCUUUGCACCAGGCCCAGAGGCCGUCAGGAGUUCUCUCCUGCAGUUGGUCCUUUCCUGCACUUUCAAGAAAUACCAGAAAAAUGGUACAUGGCAUGUUUUCCACUGUGAAGCCGAACUUCUGUCUUUCAGAGUCCCCUAUGCUUGCAGGAGGCCACCCGCCUCCUCCUGGACUUGGACAAGGCUCCUUGGAGAGUGGACACCUCGGGAGACGUCAGGGAUACAGCGCACACCCUCUGGGCUCCACAGAUUCACAAGCAGGGUUUGAAAGGAAGCCAGGAUGUGGAUGGAGAAGGACGACCCAGUGAGAAAUGGCCCAGGCAGGGACAGGACCUGGACAUUGUCGUCAGGAGGGGUGUACUUGCAGAGACAGGAAGAGGAAGCGCACAGGGCCUGGUGGGCAGCCUUCCAGCCCCCAUGGAGCUGGAGUGGGUUUGUAGCUAUGCCCUUGCCUUGGGAACUGGCCGGCGCCAGUGUCCCUGGGAUGUACCCGAAGGAGGGCUCCCAGACAGGCUGCUGCUUCAGACCGGACCCAGAGGCUAAGUGAGGCUCAGGCUGUCCCCUGGAGACGGCACAGGGGGGCUCCUUUCUCGGCCCUGCCCCGGCCCCCUGUGUCUACCUGGGCCAGUGGGAGAAUUGGGGUGGGGCCUGCCCCUCUCUUCACUGUGGCUAAUGUUUGCUAGGCCAGUUAUGGCGAACCAAUGAUACGGUGUUUUUCCUUCUUAUGUUUCCCUCCCGCAUCCCCUUUUCAGGGUUUUCUGGAGGAUGAUGUGGUUUUUCUUUGGCUUUUAUUUGGGUCUUUUGUAGUCGGUAGAGGCCAGUCUUUCCCAGAGGGGCCCUGGGGUUUCUGUGUGAGAAGACAUCUGCUCCCACUUGGAUGAGGGCGAAGAUCCUGUUUGUGUACUCACGGCCCCACUGCCAUCACCACAGUGUCGCUUUAAAGAUUCAACUCCUGUACCGAGAGGGAUCUGCGAGGUUUGCAGUUGGGCGUCAGCAUCAGGACCCUGAGGGUCCUACCCAUCUAAUGCGUCCCACUGGGCACCUUGACUCUUCAAACCAAAGUUCCUUACAGGGGCGCAACCCAGCCUUGACUGCAGCCUCAAGGGCCUGAGAUCCCUGUGGCGCUUCCCGAAGUCCAGGUUGGCCAGAGACCUUGGGGUCUGAGACCAGCUGGAAGGAGGCACUCCUCCCACAACCCAGGUGCCAGCCAGCCCUUGCCAGGGGCUCUCCCUCCCACCCAGCCAGGGCGGCCGGGUUCCCAGACAGUGAGUGAGCUCGUAGGCUGGCACGGGGCUGACUCAGCAGCCAGGAGACAGAGGGACCUGCGGGGCUGAAGGCUCCGACCCACCGGGCACACGUCCAGCAGGGCCAGUCAGAUCCCAAGCAUCAGGAAAACAUUUUGUACAACCACCUGAAGCCGAAAUAUUUUUUAAAAAGUAUAAAUUAUUUUCAGUUCUCUUCUGAUCCUACCUUCUUUUCCGCACAACUCCACAUCGGUGAUUCUUUCACAUCAGGUAAAUCUUGAGAAAGCCUUGGUGCCCCUCCCUCCCGCACCCCGCUCCGUACCCAUGUGCGUGCACCCCAUCCUUUCUCAGUAGUGAAGACGUUCUAGGCAAUACCAUAGGCACAUCGGACUGUGUCUCUCUCUUCGAGUGCAAGAAACUCAAAGUCAUCUUAAAAAAAAUACAAAAAAAAAUUUACAAAAAAACAAACACAAAAAAAUAUCUUUUUUAGGCCAGAGUUUUCUACAGGUAUUAAUGAAUAUUUUUCUUAAUCCUUAUAAGUUUUAUGUGUUUAAUAUUUCUUAAUACCGGUAGCAUUAAUUUAUACUUUUGUAGCAACACAAUAUUUUUAUAAACAGCCAGUGCUUGGCUCAAGUCUCCACGAGGGGUUUAUGCAGGGCCAUCUUGGGACCCUGUGUACCAUGUACUGUAUUAAAAAAAAAAAAAAAGUUACCUAGUGUCACCUUUGCUGUGUUGAUUAAGAGAAGGCGUUGUUCGCGGUCUCCUGUGUCGGUGUGGAUCCGGCAACUCUGCAAAGAGUCAUUGUGGGGGGGUUAAGUUGAUGGUUCUUGUGUGAUGUGUGAGCCCCCGAGACCGAACUUGAGGGUUUAUUUAAGGGUUUUCUGUUUGUCCUUUGGGUUUUUUUGUUUCGCUUUGUUUGGGUACUGUUUCUCCAUUUACAGACUAAUCAAUUUCGUGGUGUUUCAAACUUUUACUUAUGUCAAAUGGAGGAAAGGGACAGAAGAAGGAACGAUUUUUACAAAAUAAUAAAAUUUAAAACUGAGCUGUUUAAAUGUUGCUGUUUUUAACUGUUCUUGUCCAAAAGUGGGACAUUCCCAGGGAGAAGAGGAAGGUUCCACUUGGUUCCUUAAGUCGCCAAAAGCCCCAGCCCAGAAUUCAGAACCCCUCUACCCCAUGAAUUCUCAAAACAUUGUUCCCCAGUCGGUCAAUGCCAAGGCAAAAAGACACCCUUUUAAUGGUUAGAGAGGAUCAGUUGCUUAAAUGAUUUCAUGUCAGUGUUGUAUUUAUGGUUUUACAAUAAAACGACCUUUAGGAAGAUGG